AUGCAUGAAAACAUCCAUGCAGUGAAAAACGGUGGCCUCAUUAUUAGACAAUUCGGAAAGUUAUACUUGGCUGAUUACGAGUCUUUGCAUGAUGAUGUUAGUACUAAUCCUAUAGAAAUCGUUGAUCCCGUGAUUAAGAGUGAUGCUAAGUUGGUCGGCUCGGCCAAUGGCUUGGAAGUGCAUAACGCUGCCCGGGAACCGUAUGGGAUGCGGCCUACAUUUUGUCAUAAGUACUUUGGGUUAUGUAUAGGCGGAUUUGGAUAUGAUCAUGUGAGUGAUGAUUACAAGUUUGUGAAAUUGGGAAUGUGUGGUAAUCGUUUUGCUGAAAUUAUUGUCACGGUUUAUAGUGUUAGAACUAAUUCAUGGACGCAUAUUCAGAAUGCUAGGUUAUCGAGGGAUAUUUACUUGAAUGAUCAAUGGGGGAGGUUUGCAGGUGGAGCUCUGUACUGGAAGGCAAUAGAUUUUGGAAAAAAGACUGAAAUCAUUGUUGGUUUCGAUCUCGGGCUAGGACAAUUUAGGGAGGUUGCUUGGCCGGCCGAUAGAAAUUUUUGGAAUCUGUAUGGUUUUGGAGACAAUCUUUACACCCUGAAGUAUUCCAAAUCUCCUGUAGAUGUGUUUCAGAUGAAUGACUAUAGCGCGGAAAAACCUUGGUCCAAGGCAUUCACAGUUAUGGGUAAAAAUGUAUUCGACUAUGGUUUUAAACCUCUUAUGUAUUCAGAGGGUCUUGGGGAAGUUCUUAUCCUUGUAGAUAACAAAAGGCCUGUGUGGUACCACCUUGAAAGUAAGAGAAUUAAGGAAGUUAGGAUUAAUCCGAUUCCAAGAUUGACGUCGGAUGCAGAAUUUUACACUGAGAGUCUUUUCCAAUUCCCCAAAGACAGGCAGCCGCAGAAUCUAUUACGUGGAAUAAGAGGGACGAAGCAACAACAGAACAAGAGGGAAACAACAGCUCAAGUGGCGAAUUCAAGAGGAAAAAACAGCUGA